UUUGAUAAACUAGUCUAACUAAGGUGCAUGUAGAGAACUGUUAGUUUACUUUUCAGAUUAAUUUCCACGGCUGUUCUCCAGCAGCCUCCCCAAACCUGCUCAUUGUUUGCGCUGUGCAGCUCAGGAGUAUUUGUCAAGUAAGAGAAAAAGUGAUGACAAGCCGCAGCGGAGUCUUGCAGCUCCUUUGUGCCCGUAUGGGCGCGGUCUCAGCGGGCAGGGCCGGGCCGGGCCGGGCAGGGCAAGGUGCGCGUUUAUUGCCUCAGACCACACCGACGCUCCGCAGCCGACAGACUUCCCUGUUGGAUGUGGUCGAGCUGCCCUGCACAGUUUAUAAGAAAUGACGAGCCAGGAUCCUCUGAAGUCGGCCAUUUCCAUCGGGAAUGUGGACGACACGUCUCUGGCUCUGCCGUCCGCCAACCAGUACCGGUCAGGACAGCAGCGCGUCCUGGAGCAGGUCCAGACCAUCAAGAGGACCAAGUCGAGGCUGCCCAGCAGCAGCAGCAGGAGCGGAUCUACGUCUCUGUCCCCCACAAGCCCUUCGUACGACUCCGUGUUCAUUGAUGGUUUGAGGUCACAGUCUAGUCCACCUUAUGGCAGUGUCUUUGGAAAUGGCUUCUCUCAAAGUUACAGCUUUGAGAAAAACAUUAACCGGCAAAUCGUCAACAACUCCAAAGGACCCACCAUGAAGAGGAUCAUGGCAGGCUCUACCUACCAGUACGAGAGGGGCUACGCCCCUUUGGGCUCCUUGGCGGUCGGUCGGACCAACACCAGCCGCAGCGAGCCUGAUCUGGCCUGGAACCGCUCCAUGCCCAAACGCUCGGCCCCACAGCAGAGAAACGUCUCGAGCAAAAACACCUACACGACACAAAGGAGCACCAGUCAGUUUAUAACGAGCGCAGCACCAAAGCCUCAGCCUCCCCCUGCAAAUGGCACAGGUCCGAGCAAAUCAAACAGCCAGUUCAUAUGCAGUCAAACUGACAUGUCCAAAGUAGCGUCAAAGCCUCCCACCACUGACUUUACCACCAAGAGCAAAGGGGAUUCUGGGUUCAAUGAAAGCAGUGGAGUUGCUGAUAUCACCAUGAAGGAGGCUGUGGAGUAUCUCUCCAGCGAGGACCAGGCGUACCAGCACUGUGGAGCUUCCUACAUCCAGCACAAUGCAUACGUUGAUGACAAAACUAAGGAGGAGGUAUUAAAGUUCGACGGCAUCCUUCCUCUGGUGGGUCUCCUGCGCAGCCCCAGCCCACAGGUCAGCCGUACGGCCUCAGCUGCCCUCCGCAACUUGUCCUUUAAAAGCGACAAAAUCAAAGAGGAGAUCCAUCGCUGCAAUGGCAUCACAGAGGUUGUGGCUCUUCUCCGAGACACAGACUCUGUAGAGAUCCAUAAACAGCUGACAGGUCUGCUUUGGAACUUGUCCUCUGCAGAAGACCUGAAGCCAGACCUGGUGAAGUCUGCUCUGCCUGUCCUCCUGGAGCGUGUGAUCCUGCCUUACACAACCAGUCCUAACAGCGGUAAUGGCCAAGACCCUGAUGUCUUCUUUAACACCACAGGAUGUCUUAGAAACCUCAGCAGUGCAAAGCAAAGCAACAGACAGACAAUGCGAAAAUGUCGAGGUUUGAUUGACUCUUUGGUCAGUUAUGUUAAAGACUGCGUGGAAGCAGGAAAACCAGAUGAUAAGUCUGUAGAAAACUGUGUGUGCAUCCUGCACAAUCUGACGUUCCAGCUGGAGGCGGAGGCUCCAGCUCUGUUUAGCCGGAUCACGGCUCUGUCUAAGGUUGCGAGCAGGAGCAACAGCCAGGGCAACAGCAGCCAGGUUGGCUGCUUCAGUCCACAGAGCAGCAAAGCAUCAGAACAUGAGCGUCACUUUGACUUCCCAGUUGUUGAGGAGCAACAACCAAGUGGAGCAGGCUGGUUGAUCCACUCCAAAACACUGCAGAGCUACCUGUCUUUGCUUGGCUCCAGCAAGCGAGAAGAAACACAGGAAGCCUGCUGUGGAGCGCUGCAGAAUCUCACAGCGCAUGAAGGCAUUGUCUCACAGGUAAUGAGUCAGACUAUUGUGCAGAAACUGAAUGGCCUGCCAGCUCUCAGCCCUCUUCUAAGGUCAAGGAAAGCCAACCUGCAGAGAAGCACAGUGGCUUUGGUUGGAAACUUGACUAAGAACCCAAACCUGCACAGCGCCAUCGGUCGUAAAAUGCUCCCAGAUCUGCUGGCCCUCCUCAGUGAGGGCACCACGGCAGGGAAUGAGUCUGAUGACACCCUCGCCAUGGCCUGCCAGAUCGCCAGCCGCCUGGUUUUGAAGGAACCUGAGAUGACCAAGAACUUUCUCAACAAAAACCUGAUAAAAUCGCUGAAUGAUCUCAGCCGAAACAAUUAUUUCCCCAAAUCCAGCAAGACAGCAGCCAUGCUUCUCUUCAAACUCUGGUCAGACAAAGAUUUACAAAGCUUCCUGAAAAAGCAGGGGAUGAGUAAAUCAUCAUUUGUGAACGACACCACCACGGCAGCACACAGGUCGCUUCAGGUUGUUGAUUAACAACUUAACGGACCUCUGAAAGUCUUAUACUGAAGUAACUUGCCUGCGAGGUCUCCACACAUCUACAGGACAGAAACGCACUGAGGCUGAGCAGCAACCUUUCCCAUUUCACACAUAUUUUUCAGAUUUGUAUGCAUAUUUUCUACAUAAAGCUUCCACCAACAAGUAAUUGCACAGCCCUGCAUAUGCUGUAAGGUUCCUUUUUUUUGUAGGAACAAAGGUUAAGAUGUGAGAUGUUGGCUACAAAACUCAUAAGUGCACAUUUUUUCUAAUUUGCUUUUCGAGUUCACACAGCUGUCAAAUGUCUUUUAACUUUUGUGUCACCAUCUGCAAUCUGAAACCAUGAACUUGCUUUAAUCGAUAAGACAUAAGGGUUGGGAUUCUGUUUUGCACUGACAUGUAUAUUUUAGUAUCAUGUAACUACAUUGUAAAAAUAGCAUUUGAUAAUGUACAAUGAACAGUCUGUUGAAUUCAUGAGGUUUGUGUAGGAGUUGUGACGUUGUCUUAAACAGUGAUUUCUUUUACAUUUUGUUGGUGGUGUAUCCAUAUUUUCUCAUGUGUAUGUGCAAUCUUGAAAGUGUGUUGUCCCUAAUAGUGGCAAUAAAGCUGAGAGAAAUCUAUUCUUUAGCCUGCAAAA